AUGGAGAAAUUGGACGGAAGCACCAGACAAAGUGCCAUACACUCGAUCAUUAAUCGGGAGAAAGUCGAAUACAACAACGAUCGUCCUUAUUCUACUACCUCAACAAUGGCUGCUGCAGUAGCCAGUCCUGCCUCGAUGUAUUCUCAACCCCCUCCUCCGUACACAUGGGGUGGACCAGGACCCUCCAUGUCGGGCAUGAUCUCCCCUCCAGAAUCACGACGGACUUCAGACAACAAGACAGAACCACCGCCUCCCAUACAGACCUCACAACCACAUAGACAAUCGCUACCUUCUUUACACGAAGCCCUGACCGGUGGACCCAAACCAAGUCAAUAUAACUCUCCUAUAUCUGCAAUUUCCCAAUCACAGCAAUUGCCGUAUUCACAACAGCAACAGCAACCGCAACAGAUACCCCGAUCUUUCCCCCCACCAGAACAUUCUCAAUAUCCACCACAAGCCCCCCCUCAACCAAGACAGCCGUCUCCACCUCAACCAGUCCAUCCACAAUCAAAUCCAUUCUCACGACCUGAACCAGGCCCAAAUCCUUUCUCAGAACCCCCCAGACAUCCAUCAGUGACAGCUCUUCAAAAUGCCCCGGCUCCCCACAAUCCAUAUGCCCCGCGAUUCGAACCUGGAAGAUAUGAGCAAGAUCCAAGAAGCCAGGAACGACCACCGAAUGGAUAUCAACAGCAACCUCCUCCUCCUCCACAACCCUACAGUUAUGGACCUGGGCCUGGACAUGCUCAACCAGCAGGACCUCAACCAGUAUUCACUCAACCUCGUUAUGUAUCCCAACAUCCUCGUGAGAUCAAGGACUCGUGGCCGCCGCAAGACAAACCCGAGGUAUUCAGAGAAGGCUUGAAGAGACAUCUAGAGGUGUAUGAUUUUGAGAACAGUUUGGCUCGGAUCAACAAGACAAGUGGAAUCAUCCAAAACUGGUCAGCUCACUACAAUGCCAUCGCACAAGAACAGCAACAAUCCGUCAACAUCAUCCCAGAUCGAAUGCCAACCUUGGACUCCGUGGAUGAGAUGAUCCGUCACAACGAAUCUAUCACCAACCUGCUCCAAGAGAUGAAGGCAAUGAUCUACGAACAAGCUCAGCACACUGCCCAUCAACGCAUGCGUGAGCAGGGUGGUAGAGGCCCAGGUGACUACGACGAGGAUGGCAUGUACGAUGACAUGAAGAGCCAUAAUGGGUACGGCCCGGAGAGUAAGAAGCGACGAGGGAGAGCCGCACCCCCUGGUCGCUGUCAUAGCUGUAAUCGAGCGGAAACUCCAGAAUGGAGACGUGGCCCAGAUGGUGCUAGGACGUUGUGCAACGCAUGUGGACUGCACUACGCGAAAUUGACGAGGAAGAACACGAUGAAGAACUCGCAGGGCUCGAAUGGGAAUCAGUUGAGGCCAUUGAGUAAGGAUGGACUUUCGCCAAGGCCGAUGUGA